GGUACGGAUAUUUACGGCGGACCUUGAUUCCUCCAGAGAUUCAUCCUUUUUACGUACUGCUCCGGCUUGGGUUUCAUAUAAAUAUCCGUCAGGUCUCACCGUCUCUAGUCCGCAGUUCUUUACCGUAAUUCUUUCUGGGAAAACAGCUGGACAGUCUACAAACAUGAUCCGGAUCUUGGUAACAAUUGGUUUCUUCCUUAUUUGGAUGAUGGAGACGAUAGUAUCGGACGCCAAACCGAUUUUCGGACUCUUGGGAGGUCUGCUCGGUCUGGACCACCACCACCACCAUCACUACGAUCACUACGAUCACGGUCAUUACAGUCCUUAUGGAUAUCCCGGCGGAUUCGGAGGCUAUCCGCCGUACGGAGGCUACCCACCUUAUGGAUACGGUGGCCAUCAUUUCGGGAAAUGAAAAGAAAAGGGAAAUAAUUCAUUUGUAGAUUGCAUUAAUUUAAAUCAUUUUUCCGGUUGUGUGUUUCUGAAUGACGUUUUUUAUUACUAAUAAAAACCCCCUUUUUCUUUUUCUCA